CCAAUCUGAAAAACACAGAGAUUUUAAUGCUGACAUUGCAGUUCUUCAAACAAGGAGCUCUCAGUAUAUUCGAACUGACUCCGAAUCUCAAACAUUUUCUGAAGGUUUCCACCAUCAACUCCAAGUGUCACCCUCUGUCUACAAGUUCAAGUUUGAGUUUCCGAUAUGAAACAAUGGCUCAGCCACCAAACAAACGGGUUCUGGUGAAACUGUUGAAAAAUGGAGCAUUUGAAAGUGCUCACUUCACACAGUGUCUGGUCGAUGAGUUGUCCCCGGGAUGUGCAGAUGGUGUGUGCUCCUGUGUUGUGGACCUGGACGGUGCCAGCCUUCUUAUCUCUCCACCACAGACUGACAAACACCUCGUAAAACUUAAGCAUCCACCAUUCUGCCCUUUCCACGCUUUGACAAAGGAGGAAAUUGCACGUCUUCCAGAGGAGAUAAACAACAGAGGAAUGGACUGCGGGGCAGCAGUCAUCCUGGAGUCUGGGAACGGUCACAUCCUUCUGAUACGACGGGCAGAACACCUCCGGACUUUCCCCGGGAUCUGGGUACCUGCCGGAGGACACAUUGAACCAGAUGAAACUUUGAGCAGUGCAGGAUUACGUGAGUUGCAUGAGGAGACUGGUUUAACCAUUACAGAAGACAUGUGCACCAGUCCGGUCUCCAUUCUUGCAGUAUGGGAGUCAGUGUUCCCACCGAAGCUAUCCUUGGGCCAGCCCAAGCGUCACCAUGCUGUGGUGUACCUCCAUGCUAGACUCAAGCCAGAGUUCACCUCCACUUCCCUGGAGGUCAAGGUCAACAUGGAUCCAGAGGAAGUAGGAGCAUGUGCCUGGUUUGACAGGUCAAAGGUCAAGGCUAUUGUGGCAUCCAGGGAAGAUGAAGGAAAUAAGGAUGAAGGGGAUUCCUCAGAUAUACCAGAACUGUUCAGUGCCCUAAUCAUAGACAAGAACAAGCAGCAAGUUGCAGGCCAGCUGGAGUUUGCCGACUUGCUGAAAACAGCGAGGGAAGACAAGGACCAGCGGGGUCGGGUCAGCACGGGGACCAAAUUUGCCCUGGAGGAAUGGCUCACACUUACUUGAUAUGAAGACUCAGGAACCCUAGUUACAACCACUACUGCCUUUAUUCUUCACAAGUGUUCUUAACAUUUUUAUUAGUUUCCAAGGGCGUAGUGAGGGCAGUUUGUGAGUAAUGCAGCAGGAAAGAAAUCCAGGGACGUUUUAUGUUGAUUGCAACGUUCUACCACUGAACAAACUUCUCAUACAUCAUAAGUAUGUCACGCAAAUCACUGAUGUCGUAAAUUUCAGAUUUGGCAAGUCAGUUUGAUAUUUACAUGAUUAAAUCUGUCAAAUAAGAUUCUAUCUGUACAUAAUCUCAAAACCGUCGUAAAUUUUGAAAUCUG